UUUUAUAAAUAGAAUAUAAAACACGAACAUGACACACUAGAAAAAUUAUAUAUAUGUAUAUGUGAAUUGAAUAGAAAAGGGGUUGAUUUGUCACCCCAAGCUCACCAGAAGGCUUGUUUCGUUACAGAGGGUCAUUUUUAAUAUAGUGAACAUGAGCAAAGGGAGGAAUUUGUUCAAUGCGAGUAUGACCCCAAUAGUAAAAUCAUCAACAAGGCCUAAAUGGCAGCGCAUCCCGAAGAGAAACGUGUUUUAUCACAAAUCGCCGAUGCACCGGGGCCAUUUCGUCCUGAGUUUCGCCUUUAACUUCGACAGGGAGGAUGAGGUGUACCAAUUUGCACUGACGUUCCCCUACAGCUACACCCGCUGCCAGGGAUAUUUGAAGGUGCUCGAAUCGAGGGCCGAGCAUUUGGAAGGCAACUUCUGCAGAGAGCUCCUCGCUAAUAGCAUUCAAAAGCGGAGAGCGGAUGUGUUGACAAUAGGGAGCGUGCCAAAAAGGGCGGCUGAGAAGCGGAGGGUGGUCGUUAUUAUAGCGAGAGUACACCCAGGCGAGUCUCCGUCAAGCUUUGUAUGCCAAGGUCUAAUCGAAUUAUUGGUGAGUUCGCACGCGAUCGCCAACACUCUCAGGGACAAUGUCGUUUUCAAAAUAAUUCCGAUGCUGAAUCCGGAUGGGGUGUUCUUGGGGAACUAUCGCAGCUCCCUGAUGGGUUUCGAUUUGAAUCGAUCUUGGCACCGCGCUUCACCCUUCGCACACCCGACUCUAACAGCAGUCAUCGAAUUGCUAACGGCAAUCGAUAAAAGUAAGGACUACCAAUUGGAUUUCAUUGUAGAUAUACACGCACAAUCUACUCUGCUGGGAUCGUUCGUUUACGGAAACACCUACGACGACGUGUACAGAUAUGAGCGACAUAUAGUGUUUCCCAAACUUUUCGCAAACCUGGCGGAUGAUUACCAACCUAACAAUUGCAUGUAUAAUUCGGAUAGCAGCAAGAUCGGCUCCGCCCGCCGAUUCUUUUGCGCCAAUCUCAACGACAAAAUAAACACCUACACCUUCGAAGUUUCCCUUUUCGGCUAUAAACUCAAAGGCUCCGACACCAUAAUUCCUUAUACCGAGGAUAGCUAUAAGAGAUGCGGUCGAAACUUGAUUAAAGCAUUUUUGGAAUACUACCAAGUAACUGGCGUGAUUCCAAUAAGCCCAACUCAGGAAUUGAAAAAGAAACGACCUAGGAGACACCGAUCCCCUUCAAGUUCGAACAGAACUAGACCAAAUACGACGCGAAUCCAAGCGCCCAUCCAUUACAAGGACAUUAAUAUUUAUUACGAGAGCGAAUCGGACGCGGAUGAGCCAACAUUCAGGUAUAAAUUGAGCCCGAGAAAAUCAAUUUUCAGGGAUCAUCGGUCGUCGUCGCCGCCUCCACAGACAAUCGUAGUUCUGCCGGAGCCCAGCCUUUCGAUUAUAGACUUCAACAUAAUCACCAAAGCGGAUUUCGAGAAUGCCACUAGAAAAUCGCAGAAAGAUGGAAAAGUCUUGAAUGAAACGUAA